AUAGUUCCAUUCCACUAUCCGGCGAAGGAGAUACCCAGAAGAGAUGGCGGCCAGAGGUAGUUUUCAAUCAGCUUCAACGGGAGGUGGUGGCGGGGGAAUGGGACCCGGACCCCCGGUACAAGGUGGAGGACCAGGCAUGGGACCUGGAACUCCUGGAGGAAGGAUGGGACCCUCAUCGGGCGCACAGAACCACCUCUAUCGUUCUCCGAUGCCCGGGCCUGGAUACCCGAGACCAGGUGGGAUGCCCCCAUCCAGCCGUAUGAGCCCCCAGGGCCCGCCCAUGGGUCCUCCAGGCUACGGCUCCAGCCCUGUGUCCCGACCAGGGAUGCCCAGUGUCAUGGACCCCUCCCGUAAAAGGCCGGCCCCCCAGCAGAUCCAGCAGGUCCAACAGCAGCGCAACCAACAUACCAAGAAGAAGAAGAUGGCGGAUAAGAUUUUACCUCAGAGGAUCCGGGAGCUGGUGCCAGAGUCUCAGGCCUACAUGGACCUGCUGGCGUUUGAGAGGAAGCUGGACCAGACCAUCAUGAGGAAACGUCUGGACAUCCAGGAGGCACUCAAGAGACCCAUCAAGCAAAAGCGAAAGCUUCGUAUCUUCAUAUCCAACACGUUCAACCCUGCCAAGCCCGACGCUGAAGACGGGGAUGGCACUGUAGCAUCGUGGGAGUUGCGUGUCGAAGGACGCCUGCUUGAAGAUACUGCUGUGUCCAAGUAUGAAGCAACCAAGCAAAAGAGAAAGUUCUCUUCCUUCUUUAAGUCUCUGGUCAUCGAGUUGGACAAGGACCUCUAUGGGCCUGACAAUCACUUGGUCGAGUGGCACAGGACUGCGACCACUCAGGAGACAGACGGGUUCCAGGUGAAGAGGCCAGGGGAUGUCGGGGUACGCUGCACUGUCCUGCUGAUGCUGGACUACCAGCCCCCUCAGUUCAAGUUGGACCCUCGCCUGGCCCGUAUGUUGGGGAUCCACACCCAGACCAGGCCGGUCAUCAUCCAGGCACUCUGGCAGUAUGUUAAGACCCACAAGCUGCAGGACCCCCACGAGAGAGAGUUCAUCAACUGUGACAAGUACCUGCAGCAGAUCUUUGAGGCCCAGCGUAUGAAGUUCUCCGAGAUCCCCCAGCGUCUCCAUGCUCUCCUGAUGCCUCCAGAACCCAUCAUCAUUAACCAUGUCAUCAGUGUGGAUCCCAACGACCAGAAGAAGACGGCCUGCUAUGACAUCGAUGUGGAGGUGGACGACACUCUAAAGACCCAGAUGAACUCUUUCCUCCUUUCCACCGCCAGCCAGCAGGAGAUAGCUGGUCUGGACAACAAGAUCCAUGAGACCAUAGAGACGAUCAACCAGCUGAAGACCCAGAGAGAGUUCAUGUUGAGCUUCGCCAGAGACCCCCAGGGCUUCAUCAACGACUGGCUGCAAUCACAGUGCCGGGACCUCAAGACUAUGACUGAUGUUGUUGCGAACCCAGAAGAAGAGAGGAGAGCCGAGUUCUAUUUCCAACCCUGGGCCCAGGAGGCCGUGUGUCGCUACUUCUACUCCAAGGUCCAACAGAGGCGUCAGGAGCUGGAACAGGCCCUGGGAAUCAGAAACACCUAGACAAGAUUAUGUCAAAGAAAAGCAGGUCAACAGAGGAAAAGAAGUGGCUGUUCUCUCUGGGAGGACGAAAAGAGAAGUUUGGGACAUUCGCUGAUUUUUGCAAAACGCUUAGAUAAAACAUCUUAGAUAUAGACUGCUUUACUCUUGAUGGUAACUGUAGGAUAUAUUUUAACAUCAACUAGCAGCUGUUAUGGUUAUGUAUAAAUGUUUGAUUGCUACUUACUUUUUUAUUUGUGUCCCAUUGUCCCACUAAAAUAUAUUUUGACUUAUUUUCUUUCAAUGGUCUCUCUCUGUUUAGCCCCCAAAGCAUUUAUUUUCUGUGCUGAACUCUCUCACAGAUCUUGAAUCUAUAUAUUCAGGCCUAAGUGAGGUUGAAAUUACCCCCAACUAAGUAUUGAUGCUACUUCACAAUAACUAAUAUUGGGUAUUUUAAGUAAGGGGCUUAAAUUAAAGUUGUAACAUUUGGCUAAGGUGAAAGAGCAUUGGGUUAAUUUUAAAUGCUUGGGACUAUCUAUCUACCCCGCUCUGAGUCCAAACUAACUCAUAACUGAUCAGGUGAUAGCCUACACACACUACCUACGCACACUACCAUUCUGCCUUUGGUCUGGAAUUGAUAUUCAGUGUUUGUUUGGUAUUGAUAGGGUUGUGUGAGUAUUCCGUGGCCUUUUAUUGCCUUGCUGGCUGUUCGUUUCUUACCGAGAUUAUUUUAAAUGCUUCUAGAAUGUUGUGUACCUCCAAAAAUUCUACUUUUAGAAUCUUGUGUGCUUCAAAAAUUCUACUUUUAGAAUCUUGUGUGCUUCAAAAAUUCUACUUUUAGAAUCUUGUGUGCUUCAAAAAUUCCCCUAUGAACACUUCAAAGCAAUGACAGGCAAGGCUGUACGAUGCUGUGAAACUUCACUAUAUUGGUUAGUUAAUCAUUUAAGUGGCCUUUUCAUUUUAAACUAUUUUGGUGGAGCUUUGUUUGUAUAAAAAAAAAAAGUUUAGAAGGUAUGAAGUCUUGUUUAGUUAGAAGUAAAGAAUAUUAAGGAAGUAGUGUUUAGUAGUAAUUACCUCAAGUCGAUCUAGUUUUUGUAAAUAAUGAACAGAAUAAUCUGAUGUGAAGGGGAAAAUGUCUGUUUUUAAAGGACAUACCAUCAAUUUGACUCAUUGUCUUAAUGCUCCGUUUGCCCAAGACGUUCCCCCUCAAGUGACCCCAAUGGUUUAAUCCAGAACAUUCUCUAUAACCUAGCAGCAAGUUGCAGUUGUUUGUUGGUCCUGUGUGGAAGAGGGAGAACAACGUUUUAGGCUUCUACUGUUCUGUUCAGAUGAAUUGCUCUGGGUUUUCUUCUUUAUUUGUUAGUGUGCAGAAGCUAUCAACACCCGAGGAAGAGAAGCGUAAGAGCUGGGCUCACUUUUUAGCUGUGACAUUCACGAAUUUCAGCUUUUUUGCUAGCAUGGUAGACGGCUUUAGGCUUGUAGGUAUUUCUGUUUAGAUAUGACAUGUAGAGGAUGCAAGAAGCUUUAUCGUUGUGCUCAAUUCAGUAUCUGUUCAGUAAGUUCAUUUAAAUACAUAUAUUUUCAAUGGGUAUUUUUAUUUUAAUUUCAAUCAACGUUCUGAUUUCAUGCUGAAUUGACCCCAAACCUGUAAAAGGAUGAUACUGUUGACUGAUUUUUAAAUCUUCAGACAUGAAUUGUAUUUUUUAUUUCAUGGACCAAACCUAUUUUUUUCCUGUAUGUUUUGAACCUUGUGCUAUAAUAAAGGAAGUCGUCAAUGAUAA